AUGAAUAUUAUAAAAUUAUUAUUAGUUUUAAUUUGUUUUAUUGGAAUUAUUUCAGCACAAACAUUUAAUUUUGCAUUUGAUCCAACAUUAUGUGGUGCACAAGAAAAUCCAUGUAGAUUCACAGAUCCAACAAAUUGGCAACAAGGAGCAGUUCCAAGUAAUAAUAGUAAUGUUGUAAUUGAUUUCACCAAGGUUACCAACGCUAAUAAACAAGUUUUCAUUGUAGCUUCUGGUAUCAAUAACAUAUUCACAAGUAUUAAUAUCGUUGGUACAAGUGCAGUCAAUGUUGUAGUAUCAUUCCAAAACACCAACAUGCAAGUGACAGGUGGGUUCACAGGUAACAAUAGUGCAACAAUUGUAUUUGACAAUGAAAAGAGUAACAAUAUCACUCAAUUUGGUUAUGAUGUUGAGGUUAAUGGUAAAUUCUUACUUUUCGGAUCCACAAUGCAAGCAUCCUAUUCAAUUCUUCAAUUUAAAGAUAUUUUCACUGAUCAAAACUCCCAAUUCUCUGCACAAUCAUUCUCAAAUGUUUUAAUCAAUGGUGUCGCUCAAUUUUGGACCACUGUAACAUUCACUGAUAAUUCAAUUUUAACUGCCAACGAAUGUUUCUUCAAUGCAGGUAUCAAUUCCGACGAUAGAGUCAUUGUUGGUCCAACCACAUUCUAUGGUCAAUCCAAUUUGGAGAUUGUCACACUCAAUGAUGAUAUCAUCGUUCAAGGUGGUGCUCUUACCAUUGCAGAUUCAUUCAAAUACACUGGUAAUCCAAGUAUCAAGGUCACCAAUGCUAAUCUCACCAUCUCUGGUUCAGCAUCAGCAAACUUCCCAAGCAUUAACUUACAAAAUGCCAACUUAAUUUGUUUCCAUCCAAAAGGAAACUUCGCAAAUGGUGUCCAAGGUAAUGGUCAAAUCACAUUUGACAUCAACAAGCAAGGUAAUGUUGAAUCCGAAUGUUAUUUAUGGAAUGUUAAUUCAGUGGGUAUUAGUGUAACUGUUGCAGGUGGUUUGAAUCUAUUUGUUCAAAAUUGUACAUUUGGUCAUUUAACUGAUAAACAAUCAUCAUUUGUAAUCAAUCCAGACCAUCAACCAACUCCAAGCGUUCAAUUUGAUGGUGGCAAUUCAUUGGGUUACAUCUCCACCAAUCUCACUCAAAUCGUUUUCAGUGAUGCCUCAAUGAACACUUUGAAUGGUCCAUUCGAUUCUUGGGUUCGAAAAUAUCCAAUUAAUCUUUUAGGUAAUCUUGCAUUCAAUCAAGUCAAUUUUUUUGGUUCAAUCGAUACAUUGGAUAAAGACUCAUACAUUGGUAUUGAUAGUGGUAUCAUUGGUGGCUCAGUUGAUUUGAUCGCCGGUAGAAUUCAUCCACAAUCCAUCGCUACUAUCAAUGGUGAUUUAAUUAUGACAAGUGGUGCCGUUUUGGAUAUGGAUCAAACCUCUGAACAAUUCGCUGUUGCUGGUAACUUGGAAAUGGAUGCUGAAUCCACCAUUUUCAUCGCAGAGACACUCUCUACCGAUGCUGGCGCUCUUAUCACUGUCGACGGUAAUUUAGUACUCAAUGGUACCCUUAUCAUGGAUAUCACCGAUACCAAUCCAAGUGAUGGUGAUUCCUAUAAAAUCAUCUCAUGUGCUGGUAGCACUCUUGGUACUUUCUCAACCAUCGUUCCACUUACAAAUGGUCAAGCCACCACUUUAGAUUACUCUGUUUCCGUCUCUGAUGAUGGUAUUGUCUCAAUUAAAUUUAAUUCAAAAGAACAAUCUCAUAAGAAAUUACCAGGUUGGGCUGUUUUCUUAAUUAUCGUUGCUGUCUUGGGUACUGUUGCUGGUGGAGCAUAUGGUUAUAUUCGUUAUAAGAAACGUGCUGGUUAUUUACCAAUUAAUAAUUAA